UGCUUCAUUUUAUUUGGUUUAUCUUGAAUAAUAUAUGACUCUUUAUAUGAUAAGACAGAUAACUAUUCACGUUUUUGAUUCACUACUCAGUAAGAUGAUGCAAAGAUCAACCUAUAUAUUUAUGUUUUUUCUUUUUCUGAACAAAAUCCAGAAUUAUUUCGACUAAAAAAAAGAGUAUAUCGAGCAAAUUGGAGAAGAUCAAUUAAAGAUACCUUCAGCAUUAUGAGAAGGCAUCAAUGAUUGUUUCACAUCUCGGAAUACCGAUGGAUUGGAGGAGCUAUAGUAAUUUGCUUGCCUGGCUUUCUCUCGCCUUUUCAGCAAGUGCUCUUCUUCUUCUGCUGAAAUGUAGACAGUCGAGGCAUCAUCAUAACCAUAGCCCGCCAGGUCCUCCAGCUUGGCCUAUCUUUGGUAACAUCUUCGAUCUGGGAACCAUUCCUCACCGCAAUUUAUACAAGUUCAGGUACAAGUAUGGUCCCGUACUUUGGCUGAGACUUGGGUUUACUAACACCUUAGUCAUACAGUCCGCCAGGGCAGCUGAAGAGCUUUUCAAGAAUCAUGACAUUAGUUUCUGUGACAGGAAAGUUCCUGAUUGUUGCACAGCUCAUAACUACGAUCAGGGAGCGGUUUCUCUGGGCCGGUAUGGUUCUAUCUGGAGGUUUCACCGCCGACUUAUCACACUAGAUCUCAUGACAAACAAGCGAAUCAAAGAGUCUGCUUUCCUUCGGAUAAAGUGUAUAAAUAGUAUGAUACAAUACAUUGAGGAAGAUACUGCAGCGGCUCGAGCAAGAGGAGAAUUAGGGGAAGUGGUGAUAGCUCACUACCUCUUUGUCAUGACAUUCAACCUGAUAGGCAACCUUGUGCUUUCACAGGAUCUUGCGAACUCUCAGUCUAAUGAGGGGUUAGAAUUCUCUCAUGCCAUGGACAAGAUUACGGUGUUGUCUGGAAAGCCCAACGCUACGGACUUAUGGCCCUUCUUGAAAAUGUUCGAUCCCCAAAGGAUCAAGAGGGACAUGGAAAGAGAAAUGGGCAAAGCCUUAAGAGUAGUGGAGGGGUUUGUGAGGGAAAGGAUUGAGGAGAGGAAAUUAGAAAAAGAAAGGAGUAAAAAGGACUUCCUGGAUGCACUGUUGGAGUUUGAAAGUGAUGAGGAAGCAGGACCUGAUAAGAUCUCAAUUCAAACUAUGUUCAUAAUAAUACUGGAGAUUUUUUUUGCUGGAACAGAAACUACAAGCAGCACCAUGGAAUGGGCUAUGACAGAGCUUUUACGCUGCCCAGAAUCAAUUAAAAGAGUUAAAGAAGAACUUAAACGAGUUGUCGGGCAAAAAAGGAAAGUUGAAGAGAGUGACAUUGAUCAAUUGCCAUACUUGCAAGCAGUUCUUAAAGAAACAAUGAGAUUACAUCCUACACUGCCAUUACUAAUUCCUAGAAAUUCUUUAGAAGACACAAACUUCAUGGGCUACUUGAUUCCGAAGGAUACACAAGUUUUUGUAAAUGUAUGGGCUAUAGGAAGAGACCCAGAAUCUUGGCAAGAUCCUAACUCUUUCAAGCCUGAAAGGUUUCUUGAAUCCGAUAUUGAUUAUAGAGGGAAAAACUUUGAGUAUUUACCAUUUGGUUCCGGAAGAAGAAUUUGUGCAGGCAUCUUGUUGGCUCAACGUGUGCUUCACCUUGGUUUAGCCUCUUUGCUUCACUGUUUUGACUGGGAGCUUAGCAGCAACUAUACUCCAGAUAGCAUAGACAUGAAAGAAAAAAUGGGAAUGGCAGUUCGAAAGCUUGUACCCCUUAAAGCAAUACCCAAGAAGAGAAUGAGAGAAUGAUCACCAUCAGUAGAGAUUAAAGUCUGAAAUAGUUAAAUGUUAUUCUGUUGUUA